CAGAGUGUUUCAGAGUCUGUCAGAGUGUUUCAGAGUCAGUCAGAGUGAUGAUGAAGACGAUGAUGAAGUUGAUGAAGAUGUCGGAGCUGCUCCUCAUCCUCUCCUGUGUCCUCUGUGUCUCCUUCUGUGCAAAAGAUCAUGAGGAUCUUGCUAUCACUGGAUGUUCAGACUCUGAUGGAGAGAAGAUGUUCGGACUGGAUGGAGAAGAGGUGUGGUACGCAGACUUCAACAAAGGGAAAGGAGUAGUGGCUCUGCCUCCCUUUGCUAAGCCUAUCAACUUCCCAGGAGGUUAUGAAAAUGCUCUGAAUGGUCAACAGGUCUGCAAAUCAAACCUGAAGAACUGUCGUAUUGGAAUGAAGGACAUCCCACUGGAAUAUGAUCCUCCUUCCGGUCACACCCUCUACUCCAGAGACGAGGUGGAGCUCGGAGUCCAGAACACACUGAUCUGUCAUGUGACCGGUUUCUAUCCUGCUCCUGUUAAAGUCGACUGGACCAAGAACGGAAAGACCGUGACCGAAGGAACCAGCAUCAAUGUUCCUUACCCCAACAAAGACGGUUCCUUCAGUCAGUCCUCCAGACUGGAGUUCAUCCCACAGCAGGGAGACAUGUACAGCUGUUCAGUGUCACACCCAACACUGAGCAAACCACUGACCAGGUUCUGGGGUGAGAAAGUCUUUACAUCUGUCUCCAGAUGUGGAGGUGUUAAUGUUUCUGUCUCCAGAUGUGGAGGUGUUAAUGUUUCUGUCUCCAGAUGUGGAGGUGUUAAUGUUUCUGUCUCCAGAUGUGGAGGUGUUAAUGUUUCUGUGUGUUUUCUGUCUCCAGAUGUGGAGUUGUUAAUGUUUCUGUGUGUUUUCUGUCUCCAGAUGUGGAGGUGUUAAUGUUUCUGUGUGUUUUCUGUCUCCAGAUGUGGAGGUGUUAAUGUUUCUGUCUCCAGAUGUGGAGGUGUUAAUGUUUCUGUCUCCAGAUGUGGAGGUGUUAAUGUU